CCCGCUUGACUUUAGCCUGGGAGCAAAAGUUACCGGGCGCGCGUGUUUUUCCUUUUUCUAAAAGCAUUGCUCGAAGAACAACUGCCGGCCCGUUGGGGAAGAGGCUGCUCCCUCCGGCAAGGCAGACCCGAUGGCGGCGGCGAGGAUCCUGGUCUUGCCGUCUCCCCGCUGCCUGUGGGACGAGCCGGUCCAAGUGAAAGUCGAGGGCCUGGGGCCGCUGCAGGAGGUGACGCUGCGAGCAUCCUUGGUGGACGAGAGCGGCGAGCUUUUCCAGUCGCUCGCCUACUACCGGGCGGGCAGCUGCGGCGAGCUGGACCUCAGCCGCUCGGCGUCGCUGGGCGGCAGCUACUCCGGCGUGGAGCCCAUGGGGUUGCUGUGGUCGCUGGCAUCCCAGACGCCCUUCAAGCGCCUGGCCAAGAGGGACGUCCUCAGCCCUUUCCGCGUCACCUACGAGGUGCUGGACGGGCGCGGAGUCUCCGGGCGGCUCCUCGGCGAGUGCUGCAGCGAGAGGAGCUUUCUGGCCGACGGGGUGGAGAGGAUCCCGGUGCGAGAAGGCAGGCUCCGAGCCACGCUCUUCGUGCCACCCGGCCCUGGACCGUUCCCAGGACUCAUUGAUUUGUAUGGAAGUGGAGGAGGUCUUGUGGAAUACAGAGCCAGUCUUCUGGCAAGCCGAGGUUUUGCUACACUGGCUGUUGCUUACAUGCACUUUGAGGAUUUGCCAACUUUCCCAGAGUUCUUUGAAGUGGACUAUUUUGGUGAGGCUGUAGAGUUCUUGCGGAAACAGCAGCAGGUGAGAGCUACAGCGAUUGGAGUCCUAGGACUUUCCAAAGGAGCAGAUCUUGCCCUUGCUCUAGCUACGUUUUGGCCAGGUAUCAGAGCAGCAGUCAGCAUUUCUGGCUCAGGUGUUAAUGUUUUUACCCCCCUGCGAGUGAAGGGGCUCACUAUUCCUCCCUUUCCAUGGGACCCAAACAAGAUUAAGCACACUGGUGAUCCCGGAGUUGUGGAUUUCUCAGAAAUCAUGGCCGAUCCCAAAGACCCAGCUACCUGGCACUGCCGCAUCCCUGUGGAGACAUCCUUAGCCAACUUCCUUUUUCUGUCAGGGCAGGAUGACAGAAACUGGCCAAGUGAGUCGUUUUGUCAAGAAGCCGUUGGACACCUCAGGCGGAGUGGGCGCCGUGUGGAGUUCUAUUGCUACCCCGGGGCAGGGCACCUCUUAGAGCCCCCCUAUCUGCCUCUGUGCUAUUCCUCAUUUCACAGGCCACUGGGAUUUCUCGUGGUCUGGGGAGGAAAAUGGAGAGAACAUGCAAAAGCACAGGAAGAUGCCUGGCAAAGGAUACUGGCUUUUUUCAGACAACACCUGCUGGAUUCCACCGUUAAAAGUAAUCUGUAGACUGUGGUUUUGUACAUGUGUGAAGGAGCUGGUUCUUAAUGUGCACAUCCCACUUGAGAUGUCAAGAACAGGUGCGACGCCUACCUGUUCAGCCAUGACCAGGUACGCUAGUAAUGCGCAACACACCUCAGCCAAGGGAAUUGGUGAAAGCACAUUUCCCUCAAUGGCUCUUCCAGAAACUGACUGUGGCAGUUAUAAGCCCCUUUCAGUUUCCGAUUCUCUUAAGAGCAGGGGGAGUGCUUUUUUCUUCAUUACCACGUAGCGAUACUAUGAGCACUUUGUCAGGAUGUAAGUGUAAUGAGUGUGAUCUAUUCAGCUUCAUCUUAGAACUCAGAUUUGAAAUAACUUGUCAUUUUGCAGCCAAACAAAGGCAUGACAAGUUUACCAGCGCACUAGUGCCCUGGUCAUGUGGCAGAGAAAGGUCAUACCUAGCACACCUGCAGGGGUGUAUCCUCCAUUCACCUGGCCACUUCAUUUCCUCCUGUCUCAUGAAAAGGUCUUUGAAAGAAAUCAAUCUCUUUACUCAUAUCAAGCCAGACCUUCUUGUGAACCCUACCACUUAGCAAAAUUUUGAGAAAGCCUGUUAAAUUUACACACCUGUUCCUUACAUCUUAAUACAUUUAUUAUAUUUCAGAUCAACCUUAAUUAAUUAAUCAGUACAUUAAUAUGCAUGUAGCAUCCAUACACCUUGUUGGUACCUGGUAAGAGAAUGGCUUGACAGAGAGAUCUGUUCAGCGAAAGGGAGUGGUGAUAAUGCAAUGCAUUAUUGCUGGCUGAGGCUCGAUGAGAAAAUUUUCCUGAUAUGACAAUAAAAAAGUCAAUAGAAUAAAUGGUGCAGAGGAUGGCAUUUGGUAGGGCACGUUAAUAGUUCAAUCUGAUACCUGUCUUCUCAGAAGUAAGCCCUAUAGAGUUCUAUUAGAUGUAUUCCCAGAUAAGUAUGUAUUCGAUUGGAGUCUAGGAAUACAAAACAGUAGCAAAUCUAGAAAAUCAUUUUAGGGGAAAAGUGAACAACACCGAUAAACGGAGAAGUCAUCAAACUAUGGUACAAAUUACCAACAAUAAACCUGAUUUCCUCUUGUUUCAGUGUAGUCGUUUGUUUUAGAAAUAAAUAAAGAGUAACUACACUGCCGAGACUAUUUAUAAAACUAACAGAAGGCUAGUGUGGUGUAAUGGCUGGUUUGGGAUUAUGGACUUUAUGGCACCCUGUUUUAGCCACUGCUACAUCUGGAGAAUAAUAUUCCUCUUAACUUUAAGUGAAAUCCUAUGCAUGUCAACUCAGAUGUAAGUCUUGGAGGAGGAGUCCAAGAACCUGCACUCCUCCAGAUGUUGCUGAACUUCAGCCAGGGGUAAUGGGAGCAGGAUUGUAAUACCUGGCGACCACAGCCAGGUUCUCCACUUCUGGUUUAGCCUGUACUUUGAUUUUUUUGGCAGAGAAAGUAUAAUCAUGUUUACCAUCCACAUUUACCAAUCCAUUUAUAUGUAGUGCGUGAAAAUUGCCGCACUCUUGAAUUAUGUCACUGUUCUUCCUUUGCUUUGUAUAGCUCUAUUCAUUAAGCAAUUUGUAAUGAUAACGUUUCUUUAUAUGUAAUUAAAAGUGGAAAGAGCUGUCUCCACAGGGAUUUUGUGAAGUUUAAUGUGAUAUUGCUGCUUCUGAAAGAUUUUUGUAAAUCCCCUAGAGUUGGGGUGUGUGUAUAAUGAGAGAGUAUAAAUAAAGAAUCUAAAACUA